ACUCACCUUCCAUUCCGACGGAUCUCACUACCAAGUGUACCGAGCUCGAGCCUCUUAUCUGCCCAACACCGUCAAUCUGUCGCCAGUUUUGCAUCAUUCGAUUCUCUGCCAGAGGAGCCAGUCGUCAGGCGCCCUAAACGUCGUUCACUGAAGCGCAAACAAUCCAGGACACCUGCACCAGAAGAUAUAGCACGAGAGGCAAAACGAACAAAGGUAAUAAGAGAGUUUUGGGAUACAGAAAGAAGUUAUGUGCAGGGACUGGAUCUCGUGCAUGAUCACUUCUUGACGCCGAUCAUAGCGUCGCUCGACAGUUCUCGCCCGCUCCUUACGCGCACGGAAUUGACUACCAUUUUCUCAAAUUUUAUUGACAUUUGGAACUUUCAUCAUGCAUUUUUCAGUGCCCUGACUGCCCUGCUCCAUCCCUCUCUGUCUCACCUUGAUGUCCCAAAUCCCAACCCACCACCCCUUUCAGCACUCCUUCUCUCGCAUUUUCCUUAUCUCUCUCUUUACACCCCAUUUAUAACCGCAUUCCCAAGUUCUAUAUCCUUCCUUUCCCGUCCACCCGCGCCAUUUGCCAUAUUUCUACGAACACAAGAGCGCGAUCCACGCUGCGGGCAGCUAAAACUCACGGAUUGGCUUUUGAGCAUCGUACAAAGGUGCCCAAGGUAUGUCUUAUUGCUCAAGGAGUUGAUAAAUGUAGAAAGGAGGGAAAAGGAAGGAGAGGGAGAGUGGGAUAGACUAGGAAAGGCCCUUACCCUUGUUGAGAAAGUGACAUCAUCUCUUAAUACAUCUCUUCAUGCGCACGCACAUACACUCUCGCUCCUCGCAUUGCAACGCGCUACCCUCGGCCUCCCGCCUACCCUACACUUCGUUCAGCCAGGCCGCACCUUAAUCUUCCGCGCUCCUCUCGUGAUAGACUCUGGCGGUGUAGCCAUAGAAGGCCCAGCAAUAGGAAGAGGCAGGCGAGAUCGCAUAUGUGAAUUUCUGCUAUUCGACGACAUAUUGGUAUGGCUAGACUUCGAUCCGUCCACUCUGCGCGAUUCCCACUGGUUCACUCUCGCGGCACAUGCUACCGCUAGCGACGAGCGACAUACAUACACGUACAGAAAUCAUCUCUCCCUCGUCGAUAUCGAGGCGGUGCUCGAUCCGUCGCAUCAUCCGCCCCGACUGGAGGUGUUGAGCCCUGGAGGCUCGUUCGCGGUAUAUGCGGUCCCGUCGCAACCCCCAUCGCCAAGGCGUCUUUCUUCCUCUGCUUCGGAAUCUGCAUUGGCCACUCGUCGUACAACUCCCUUAACCUCGGCAUCGAACGAUACUUCUCUACAUACCUUUCUCCAUCUUUUGCAAUUUGAAGUGCCUACUUUAGACACUCGACAGCAAAAGCUCCCCGAUUCAGCAUCUCAGCAAGCACCAAAACUAACAACUCCAAACCACGUAGAAGGGCUCCCUCCUUCCGCCCGACCCCAACGCGCACCCUUGCCCUUCCUACCCCCGGUCUGGGUCCCGGACGCAAAGACAGACGCAUGUAUGCGGUGUGCACGCCCGUUUGGGCUUGUGAGAAGACGACAUCAUUGUAGGCUUUGUGGAAGGGUUGUGUGUGCUGAGUGUUCUGGACGGACAUUCUACAUCACCGACCCAUCUUCCCAAUCCCCUUCUGGCAAAAACACCAAAGCGAAACCUGCACGCGCAUGCAACGAGUGCUACGAAGCUGCCUUUCCUCUCGUCCAGUCCAUCACCGGUGGUUCUAGUACUCCAUCUACUUUAUCAGCAAAUCCGUCUACACACCACUCCCCAACCCUCCACGGUAUCCCAGCCUGGCUCUCUACGCCUAUCCCCACUGAAGGGAGUAGUGGUGCUCACGCGUUGAUGGCGAUGACGUUGAGCCCUAGUAGGGAAUCUCGAUACCAAGAAACCGCACCAACCCUCCGCGCUCCUAUAUCCCGCCCCAUCCGCAUUCGCCCCUCCACGCGCCCGCGCCCACGGAGCUACCAUGAUAUAUUGGAUGAUUUCGAGGUUCACGCGAGGGUGAAUGUGCAUGGUAGGGGAGGGGAGAUGCACGACAUGCAUCAAGAAGAGGAGGUUCACGACGAAGGACAACCAAAACAACCUCGCGAACACGAGCCCACACCCGGAUAUGUUCACAAAAAGAAAGAAGAUACUACCAGGAAGAAGAAACGGUUCUCGUUGCCUGCAGUAGCGGUGCAGACGGUGCCUGUCCUAGCACGUUCC